GAAAUUCCAUCGUUUUUGUUACACACCCUCUCUUAUUAUUCUUCUUCUUAUCAUUCUUUUCCAUGAUUUUUCUUUUUCGAAAGAAAAAGGAAAGAACUUGAAGAAUAUAUUCUCAUGGCUGCUUUCUAAUUCAAAGAACCAACGAUCGACCAUUCUUUUCUGCACCAAGAACAACCACUAUAUUCUUCAAAAAGAAAGAACAAAUUAUUCUCUUUCACUCUCAAAAGAAGAUCAUAGCAUUGUAGGUGGUGAAAUGUAAACCUUCUUUGUUUCUUUAUUCUUUCACUUUGCCUUGUAAUAAUCUUCUUAGCUUCCUGUUGCUCUUCUUGUUGUUGUUUUGGAGACUAUGGAAACAAGGGUUCUUGAUGGUAUAAUCAAUAGGUUGCUUGAAGUUAGAGGGAAACCAGGGAAGCAAGUCCAGCUUUCUGAGUCUGAAAUAAGACAGCUUUGUCUUGUUUCUAAAGACAUCUUCUUGAUGCAGCCCAUUCUGUUGGAGCUUGAAGCACCUAUUAAGAUCUGUGGAGACAUUCAUGGCCAGUACUCGGAUCUCCUGAGGCUGUUCGAAAAUGGAGGCUUCCCUCCCAUUGCCAAUUACUUGUUCUUAGGAGAUUACGUUGAUCGGGGAAAGCAAAGUCUCGAAACCAUCUGUCUUCUCCUUGCAUACAAGAUCAAAUAUCCGGAGAACUUCUUCCUGCUCAGGGGCAACCACGAAUGCGCAUCUGUGAACCGUAUCUACGAUUUCUACGACGAGUGCAAACGGAGAUUUAAUGUCCGGCUCUGGAAGGUGUUCACCGAUUGUUUCAACUGCCUCCCCGUAGCGGCCCUGAUCGAAGAAAAGAUAUUCUGCAUGCAUGGCGGACUGUCGCCGGAGCUAUGCAAUUUAGACCAGAUUAGGAAGUUAAAGCGGCCUGUGGAUGUUCCAGAAUCUGGCUUACUAUGUGAUUUCCUAUGGUCUGAUCCUAGUAAAGACAUUCAAGGCUGGGGGGCUAAUGACAGGGGAGUUUCAUAUAUAUUUGGUGCUGAUAGGGUGAUUGAUUGUCUGAAGAGGCUUGAUCUUGAUUUAAUUUGCCGAGCACACCAGGUCGUCGAAGACGGAUACGAGUUCUUUGCUAAUAGGCAACUUGUAACCAUAUUUUCAGCACCAAAUUACUGUGGAGAAUUCGACAAUGCCGCUGCCAUGAUGAGCGUGGAUGAAACAUUAAUGUGUUCAUUCCAAAUACUAAAGCCUGCAGACAAGAAACCAAAAUUCGGGUUCGGGACAUUGACUUCAAUCAAGUCUCCUACACCUCCAUCGAGAAUCAGAUCAUUUCUUGGAGCAAAAGUAUAAUAAGAGGCUUCAAACUGGUGGAGAUAUCAAGAGCAAGUUGGCUGCCAUCAAAGGGAAGAUUUGGAAGAUUUUACAAAGAAAAACUCUUAUGAAAUCUGGUGAUUUCAAAGACCCUUUGUUAUAUAUUAGUUUCAAUAGAGUCCCCCUCUUUCCCUCUCCUCAUCUUUGUAUUUAACCUCUGCUUUUUUUAUUGUAAUCAAUGGAUGAAAGUGAAAGAGGGAUUGAUGAUUUACUCAUUUUGUGCAU